AUGCUGCUGCACCUGGUAGCCGAGUUUGACCUGCAGAGGGAUGUGGUCCCCUGGCUGGCGGCGCGGGGUUGGGCCGCGGCUCUAGAUACUUCUGAGAAUUCAUCAGCACUCUACAUUGUAAAUAUUGAAAGAAAUGGAAAAAUUAUUUAUACCUGGAAGGGAAAUCAGAGAAAUACUCACAUUGGACUGUAUGAUCUUCAAACUAAACAAAAUGAGCACCUCUAUAUGUUUGAGAGGGAUCUACGCAUAAUCAGUUGUUCGGUCAACAAUGAAAGGACGUUAUUGGCGGUCAGCUUCCGUCAAUAUACAGAGGAAGAAAGAGUAAGUCGGCUAUUACAGUCAGUAUCCAAGUAUUUAACCUUGCUAAUUGAAAUUCAUCCCAUUAAUAAUGUGAGAGUCCUAAAGGCUGUGGAUAGCUGUGUUCGAGUACAGUUUCUUUAUCCACUUGAAGGCAGAAAUACUACAGAAAGCCGCCUCUUGCUAGUUUCAGAAGAUAAAUAUAUUGAACAAUUUGACAUUCAUGUUGCUGCAGAAGAAGAACACAAAGUGGUGAUUCAAAACUCAGGUCAGCUUCCAAAAGCCAGAGUUGUAGAUGAUCUCAUUUGGGCACAAUGGGAUAUGAUGGAACAAAGGCUCUUCUACAUUGUUCCAAAGGAGUCAAAGAGUACUUUAAAAUGUGUCCAGUUCUAUCCUGAUGAAAAUUUGAACUCAAUACUGGAAUCACACCUGGAUAUUUCUAUGAAUGACACACAAUUAAAGCUUGUGAAUUUUGGAUAUGAUUACUAUCAAGACCAAGAUGUUGCAUCUAAAUCUCUGAAUCUUCAGGUUUUUACAAGUAAAGCAGGAGGCUUGUGUGUGUGUUGUAGUCUAGCCUCUGAUAUGCCUGAUGAAAUCAUGUACUCCAUAUAUUUUUUACAUAAAGGUUACAACAAAACUUUUACAGUUUCUCUAGAAAGAACAGAAUCCCAUCAAUUCAAGGAAGUGGCUUUUCUGAAUCUUGACUAUUAUGUGGCUGCUUAUUUGCCUGGCCAGUUCCUGCACCUCCUGAAUAUUCAGCAUCCUGACCUGCUGUGCUAUAGUUUGUUUCUGACAGGUGAGGAUGCAAGAGUUGACAUGUUGCAAAACUGCUCCAUCCAAUCCCCACUCAUGUCAACAGUCUUGGAUUGCCACGUAGGAAGUAUGUAUGCUGUGAGCAUCAGUGAUAGCGCCUUACUACAGUUCCUACGCAACAGCAAACGAGACAGCGAGAGAUUGGCAGCUCUACAUUGUGCUCUGUUGCACUUACGACACACAGAAGACUUGGAAAUGCAGAUUAUUUGGUGGAUUUCUGAGAACUUGUCAACAUGCUGUUCUUUUGACCCCAUUCAGGAAUUUAUCAUUGCCUCCCUGUACUGCAGAAUGUGUCCAGAAACUCACAACCUGGAUAAACUUUUGCCCUACACGUCACUGCUUGACUGGAUUGGGAUUAUCCCUGGAGUAACAUGUGAAACAGACAUUAUUUCUCUACCUGUGUUAGAGUUCCAAAACUCCAAAGGCUUCUGGGAGAAACUCAACUCAAACUUGGAGAGUGUGAAGUAUGCAGAGCCACACUUGCAUUACCACAAUAAUGUGCUCAGGAGGGAAUGGCAUAACCUUUCAGAAGAGAGAGAAGAGAGAAGAACCACAGCAUAUUUGAGGAAUAUUUUUGAAAAUGCCAAAAAGGUGCUUUCUCAUCUGGACGCUUGGGACUCUGAGGAAAGGCUAGUACCUCUCUUUCAAGAGGAAGACGAUCAGCAGCAGUUGCUAAUGGGACUGAUGGUUGUUCAGCUAAAGGAUCACCUUAUGAGACAUCUGCAGUAUGUAGGAAAAAAGAAGAUUGACCAAAUAGUUUUGGAUUACGUUGCAAACCUGCUGAAUCUGGUACAUCGAAUAAUGAAAGAAGUUUGGAGGCGAUACCAGCUUCAUUCCUGCAUCUUCUGCUUUGAUGAGAGAGGAAGUGCAGGAGAGUUUGCAGUGUUCCACAUCAUGAGUCGGAUUCUGGAAGCUGCAAAUGGCAUGUGCAUGCCUUUACCUCCUGGUUUUCACACUCUGCACUUGGGGCUUGGUGUUCGAUGUCUCCCUCUGCACACCCUCCUGCACUAUAUUGAUAAUGGAGUCUUGCAUUUGACAGAAACAUGUGUCAGGAAAUUGCUGAAAGAUCUGGAUGACACUGAGGAGAAUGAAAAGCUGAAGUUCAGUAUUGUCAUGAGGCUUCCUGAGGCUCUUGGUCAGAAGGUCCACCAGUUUUGGAAUCAUCCAAUAAAUGCUAAUUUAAUUGCACGGAAGUAUGUGAAACUUUUGCUUGAGAAGCUGGGGCACAGGCGGUGUAGCAGGCCUAUCCCUGAGAGAGUCUCAGUACCUGUAGAGUUUUUGCCACUUAACUACCUGACUAAUAUUCUGGCAGAGAUAGAGAAUCAAGGUGUGCAUCCAUAUGAAGAACAAGAUCACAUUAAUGUAAGAUUUGUAGAGGAAACAGCACUCAAACACACUAUGACACUCUUGGGCCUCAAAUAUUCCUGAAAUAACAUGCUGUUGAAGAAACCUAACUGUGGUACUCUUACAUAAAAGUAUUCACGCAGAAGUAUGCAACCAACUUUUUUUUGUGUUUAAGUUUAAAUGUUGUUUGCUGAAAUCACUGACUUCUAGAUAAAUCCUAGAGAAAUUCAUCUGACACAAACCCAGGUUUCCAAUGAAAGAUAUCUGUGGUUUCAUUGUUUCAUGUUGAAGUGCUGAAGUAAGUGGAAGUGCAGCAGGUAUCAAAACAUGCUGUGAAAAUUGGUAUUAAGAUCAAUUAUUUUAACAAGAUAGACAAUCCUGAAAAAGGUAGUCCAGUUGUAUUGUACAGUAACAAGAAAACAGUAACUGUUUACUCAUUUAGAUUAAUAAAAUGAUUUCUUGGUGUGUUUAUGUAGAGCAGGUGAUAACAAAUGAUGAGUCAGUCUCUGUAUAUAAUGCAUCAGUAAUGCUGUAUUAAUUCCUUGUGGUGGUCAUGUGUUAUCUUAUGGUACUUCUGCCUUUAGAGUUGGAUUCUAAUAUAUUCAGUUUUGUAAUUAGCACAAAAUAUAAUCUUCUUAAAGUGCCUGUAACAGGGUUUUGUUUUGUUUUUUUAAGAUAUGUAUAAUAUAUUGUAAGCAAUACAGGAUAAGAAAAAAGUUCUUCAGAAAUUUACCUUAACGGUGGCUUGGACAGUGUUUUACUUAAUUCUUUCCUUACAACUUGUAGUGUUACAGUUCAAACCUCAGCUUCAAACAGAAAUGAUGGAGAUUGUUUUUCCUUAAUUUUCAACUUUUAUUUAUAUAUAACUGAACCAGUGUUGGUUUUUUUAUGUUCUGAACUGUGACAUCAAUUUAAAAUAGUAAUAGUGGUUUGCUAUGCAGAGAAAAAACAUUCAGUGCUGAUAUGUAGGAUUUCUGCAGCCUUUAUUGGAUUUAAAAAUAACUCUGUCAAAGUUUCAGACUAUUAAAACUAGUGAAACUGAUUGACAAUCUGACAGAAUUUGGAGGUUUUCAGUAUCUCUCUGAGCAGUUUCCACUGAUGUUUCCUGUUCCUAACCAGUGAAAUAAAAAGAUCCAGUUCUGAGGGGUGACUUGGCAAGUUCGUGGUCAUUCCCUUGUCAUUGUCGUCAGUGAAGCAAGAGUUGUAGCCUUCUCAGUAACUGCAUAGAGGGAAGGAAUAUUUUUCUCAAUAUAAUUAAAAUUUGUCUGGCAAGCGUAAACUCCAACCCCAGGCUGCAGAAAGCUGUCUUCGUGUAUUUGUAUAAGCAGCGGGGACUUUGUUCAUAUUAUAUUAAUAACAGGAGAAGAUUUUCUAACCUUUUUAAUGAAAUAUUGCAUCUGAUUAUGUUUUAUAAUA